AGGCUGGCCCUGCCCAGCUGGUGGAAUUGUCCUGAGUCAUCGCUCUGGGCUGAGGCCAUGGGAAGAAACCAUUGUGUGGCAAGGGAGGAGGCAGGCGGCUGCGGGCUGCCGGCAGCCUACACCAGGGAGACCUGAGAAAGUGGGGCCCAGGGGAGGGUGCAGUGGCCGCAGCAGGGGCUCCUGGCAGGCUAGAGGCCUGGUGCUAGCGUUCCCCGAAGGGCUGGGCACCACAGCCCUUGUCCUGCCGGCUGGCUGUCACGGUGUGAGGGCUCUGAUGUGUUGUGCCAGCCAGCAUGCCCCCAGCUGUAGGUCGGAGGCCUUUGGGGAGUCACGAGGAGGUAGUGCUGGGGAGGGACAGACCUGGCCACUGACGAGCAGGGCGGGCCUCGCUCUGGACAGCCCAUAGGCGGGCUCACACUAAGUUUCACUUCCCGCCACUGCUGCCAGCAGCAAGAACCUGCCAGACUGCACCCCGAAUCAUUGCUGCUGUCUGCUAACUCGGCUCCGGGCAGGUACCCAGCAUGGGCUCGCAGGCCCCAGCUCCAAGGCCGAUGCAGACCCUCAUCUUCUUGGACCUGGAGGCCACUGGCCUGCCUUCCUCCCAGCCCAAGGUCACGGAGCUGUGCCUGCUGGCUGUCCACAGAUGUGCCCUGGAGAGCUCCCCCACCCCCGAGGGGCAGCCUCCCACAGUGCCUCCGCCACCCCGGGUGGUGGACAAGCUCUCUCUGUGCGUGGCUCCAGGGAAGGCCUGCAGCCCAGAAGCCAGUAAGAUCACAGGCCUGAGCACAGCUGUACUGGCAGCACACGGGCGUCAACGCUUCGAUGCCGACCUGGCCAACCUGCUCCAAGCCUUCCUGCAGCGCCAGCCACAGCCCUGGUGCCUCGUGGCCCACAACGGCAACCGCUACGACUUCCCCUUGCUCCAGGCGGAGCUGGCUGUACUAGGCCUUGCCAGUGUUCUGGACAGUGCCUUCUGUGUGGAUAGCAUUGCUGCCCUGAAGGCCCUGGAGCAUGCUGACAGCCCCUCGGAGCAUGGCCCACGGAAGAGCUACAGCCUGGGCAGUAUCUAUACACGCCUAUACGGGCAGGCCCCACCAGACUCCCACAUGGCCGAGAGUGACGUCCUCGCCCUGCUCAGCAUCUGUCAGUGGAGGCCGCGGGCCCUGCUCCAGUGGGUGGAUGCUCAUGCCAGGCCUUUCGGCACUGUCAAGCCCAUGUACGGGGUCACAGCCUCUGCUGGAACCAACCCAAGACCAUCUGCCACCAUGGCCACUAAAGCUCCGGCUAGAGCCAGGGACACUAGUCCCAGCCUUGGCAGGGGCAGGAAGCCCAAGGCCCUUCCUCCAAUGGAAGGCCCCCGAGCCUCACCCAAGGAGGGACUACUAGCCCCACUGGGCCUGCUGGCCUUCCUGACCUUGGCACUGGCCACACUGUAUGGGCUCUUCCUGGCCACACCUGGGCAGUAGGUGCCUAAUAAAGACCCCUCUCCCCAGCACUGAGUGGCCACUCACCUCUACCCUCCCUGGCAGCCUUAGAGGAGGGGGACAGAGUGGCUGCCACAGUCUUUGUCCCUCACCCCCCCCAGGAAGAUGGUCAGACGUCUGAGCCCAGGAAAGACAGGGGAAACACGGAAAUCCAAGAGCUGGAUGAAGACGGUACACGGCCUAAUGCCCAGUCCCAGCACCCAAGCUUUGAAGAAAGACGGCGGUAGCCCCAAAUGUUUGCAUUUAUUAUAAACAAAGGUGCAGACCCUAGACUCUCAGAAACACGUCAACAGGUACAAAGCUAAGAUCUGGUGAGAUACUAACAGAGGGACAGGGAACACCGAGGUAUUCAUGUCUGGGCCAGAGCAGCCACCUAGGGCCCCCUUCCAACUUUGGUCCAGACGGCCCCUUGGCCCAGGUGUCCUAGGUGCCAGGACACGCUGUGGACUGGGGUACAGAAGCUGGCUAUUCUGUGAAGCUGGUGUCAGGAGAAGUGGGGCCUAUCAGAGGUCUGGUGGCCCCUCUCCACUGUGGGCCAAUUUCCCUCCAGCACCCAGGGGGUUCAGCCUCAUAAAAACUAUCACAUACCUUUUGAAACAGGAAACAGUCAAAAUGUUUGGCUAAAAGGAAAACAAAAACACUGCAGGGAGGACACCUGAGUGUGCAGGCAGACAGAGGCUGCCCUGCCUACCUGUGAUGGGGGUCAUGGCCAGCCAAGGCAGCCAGAACUGUGGGUGGGUGUGGCCCUCCAGGUGGUGCCAGGGAGGAUGCGGGGACAGUCCAGGCAGACCGCGCUCAGGUGGGUGGGCCUCUGGCUCAACUGUUUUGGUCUCAAGAGGCUGCCUGCCCUCUCCUGGGUAUGGCACCGGCUCUGGGGACUAUGAGAUGUCUGCUACAAGGAUUAAAACCCAGCUUAGCCAGGCCCCAAGCCUCACCCCUAUGCCACGAUGGCUCUGGUUCCUUGAGGAG